AUGACCGUUUCUACUACUGUUCCCACUCUGGGUGAGUUUAAGCUCCCUGAGAUCCUCAAUGAGCCUAUGCGCAACUUUGAGCCCAACUCGGUCGACCGUGCCGAGCUGCAGAAGGCUGUCGAUGAGCUGAUCGCUGCCGGCCCCAUCGAGGUCCCCCUUGUCAUUGACGGCAAGGAGGUCAAGACGGGCAAGACCAACAAGCAAGUCAACCCCGGUAACCACGCCCAGACCCUCUGUGUGUACCACGAGGCCGACCAGGCGAUGGUCGACACCGCUAUUCAGGGCGCGCUCAAGGCCAAGGAGACUUGGGCGAACCUCCCCUGGAGCGAGCGCGCUGCCAUCGGUCUCAAGGCUGCUGACCUGAUUGCGCACAAGUACCGCUACAAGCUUCUGGCCGCCACCAUGGUGGGCCAGGGCAAGAACGUGUGGCAGGCUGAGAUCGACGCUGGUGCGGAGAUCUGUGACUUCCUGCGUUUUGGCACCAAGUACAUCGACGACAUGUAUCAGAUCCAGCCCCCUCGCAACGCCCCUGGUGUGUGGAACCGUACCGAGUACCGUCCCCUCGAGGGCUUCGUGCUUGCCGUGUCGCCCUUCAACUUCACGGCCAUUGCUGGCAAUCUGGUCAUGACCCCUGCCCUGGUCGGUAACGUCGUGGUUUGGAAGCCCUCGCCCAUGGCGAUCUACUCCAACUACAUCGUGUACCAGAUCCUGCGCGAGGCCGGUGUGCCUGCUGGUGUUAUCCAGUUCGUCCCUGGUGACGCCGAGACGAUCGUCGGCACUGCGAUCGAUCACCGCGAGUUCACUAGCCUGCACUUCACGGGCUCGACCUACGUCUUCCGUUCGCUGUGGAAGAAGAUCUCGGCGAACCUCGACAAGUACCGCGGCUACCCCCGCAUUGUUGGUGAGACUGGUGGCAAGAACUUCCACAUGAUCCACAAGUCGGCCAACCCCGAUGUGGUGGUGACGCAGUGCAUCCGUGCUGCCUUUGAAUACCAGGGCCAAAAGUGCAGUGCUCUUUCCCGCCUGUAUGUCCCCAAGUCGCUCUGGGAGGGUGGCCUGAAGGAGAAGCUGGUUAGCGCUACCAGGAGCAUUAGCAUGGGCCCCGUGAACGAGUUCAAGCAUUUCGUCGGCCCCGUCAUUGCCAAGCACUCCUUCGACAAGAUCAUGGGUCUGAUCAAGGAGGCCAAGGACCAGGGCGGCGAGGUUCUGGUCGGCGGUGAGGGUGACGACUCGACCGGUUACUACAUCCAGCCGACCAUCAUCGAGACCAAGGACCCCCAGUCGGUGACCAUGGUCAAGGAGAUCUUCGGCCCGGUCAUCACCGUCUACGCCUACGACGACGACCAGCUCGACGAGACUUGCGCUCUGGUCGACUCGACCACCGAGUACGCCCUUACCGGCUCCAUCUUCUCGUCGGACCGCCACGCCCUGGUGCACAUGAGCAACUUGCUGCGCAAUGCCUCGGGUAUGAUGUACUACAACGACAAGUGCACUGGUGCCGUUGUGGGUCAGCAGCCCUUCGGUGGUGCUCGCGCCUCGGGUACCAACGACAAGGCCGGCUCGAUGAACAUCUUCUUCCGCUUCGUGUCGCCUCGCACGAUCAAGGAGUCGAUGCUCGACCCGACUAAGUACAUCUACCCCUCCAACGAGUAA